AAGGAGGGGAGGGGGGUGCAUGCAGGAUUCUUUUUUUUUUUUUUUUUUGCCCUUUUGUUUUGCACAUUUGUAAGCGUCACUGUUGAGAAGACGUCGUUACUCUUCUUUUUUGUUUUAACACUACCGGAGGAUUGCAGGAGACAAAAUGGGGAAAGUGAACAUCUGGCUGAAAAGGAGUUUCAUUAUUGUCACAAGUCUGAUGGCGAUGAUCGGCGCGCUCAUGUUGGCCGGAACCCUUUUCAGCCACGGGCACUACCAUCAGGAUGAGCAGUUUGAGGAUAUGCUCGUGGGCAUCAACACCAUGUACGCUUUGUCCAUCACGACCCUGAUACUGCCCAUCAUCGGCUUAUAUGGUGCAUGCAAAGAGAAGAGAUGGGGGCUCAUUGUGUUCACAGUUGGAAAGAUCCUGGGCAGCCUGUUUGUGCUUUACAUGACCAUCCAUGUGCUGAUCGUGCGGCCCAUGGUCAUCAAGAUCGUGUCCAAAUUAUACCUAAGCAUGCAACCGAUUAGCAACGCCAGUGAGAUCGAUUUGAAAAUCCUGCAGAAGACCCAAAUAGAAAUGGAAUGCUGUGGAGUGCAGCAGGGCUACAUGGAGUGGGGCUAUAACAUCUCCGAAUCCUGCCUGUGCAACGGCAUCUCGGCCAACUGCGUUGAGGCCCCUACAAACAGCAGCCUGUUCCAGCUCGCUGAAGACAUGCCAGUCAUGAUUUAUAAAGAGCCAUGUCUACCAAUUCUGAUUUCACAUAUAAACCUGGCCAUGAGGGUCGUGGUGGGCGUCUCAAUGGGCCUGACUUCACUUUGGACGUUGUCGUGCGUGCUGAGCAUCGCCAUCUUGUGUCAGCUGAGAGAAAAAAAGGACACGCUGGUGGUGGCGUACAGUCGAGAGGCCAAAACGGGUAACUACGCCGUCCUCGCCGAGCCGGCGGAGCUCACCUGAUGGUCUGGACGCACUUCAAAAGUCACGCGUGUGAAAUCAGUGCUUAACCUAACCAAAAUUUGAUUAGUGAAUGUUGUAUUGUGUGCAAUUGAAUGCAAUUCCUUGAGGGAAUUCCGUGAGGACGUUUUUGCUGUGAUGUUCCUAUUAUUGUUUGUUUUAAAAUUGAAUUGUGCAAUAAAAUGAUUGCAUUUUU